AUUACACAAAGGUCACAUAUUCAACAAGAAACCGAUCCAGAAGGAAUCCUUUUAAGGAAGUUUGGCUAGAGAAACACAACAAUACAUUUAUUUUCUCCUGUGUGCUUGUGUCGUUGUGCAAGGUUCCACGCUGGCCAAGUGUGGCCACAGCUCUGAAAGAUGACGAGAACGUUGAUGACAGUACUGUUAGUGGCAGUACUCCUGUUUGCAAGAUGUCACGGAGACUGCAAUCUGCCAGACGGUAGCGUUUGCGCACGAGAUUUAUGCCACAAUUCCCACCUGUCGUCUCUCAUAUGUCCCCACAUGUGUGGACACUGCAUUCCUAGAACACAGGCAACAGCAACAACAACAGUACCUAGCACGACGAGGACGACAAGCCACGUUACAACACACUUCUCAACCACCUCCUUCGCCGACGGCAGCUGCGAGGACAGGUUAGAGGACAACUUGUGCACCUCGAUCCCACACUUCUGCACGGACACAUAUGCCAAUCUGCUCUGUCCCAAGACGUGCGGCUUUUGCUGUGAAGAUCGUGUUCGCGAGGGCGUCACCUGUGAGCAGCUGGAGGAACUAUCAAAGAAUGUGACCUCUCUAUGCGAAGACCCUCUGGGGUCAGUCGCCUGCAAGAAAUUCUGUGGCUUUUGCACGUCCACGUAAAGGGCUGGCUGCAUGACGACUCCUUAAUUCGUUUGACAUAAGUACGGCACAUCAACUGGGUCCUCGGCAUCAGCUCCUACCGUGAACUUUCCAUAAGAAAAGUUGAUAUAAUAAAAUAUGUGGACUAAGUAUUUUAA